AGACUGCUGCAUGGAACUUCUCGAAGGAGCAUGGCAUUGAAAUGAUUACAAUUCAUCCAUCAUGGAUAGUUGGUCCUCACUUGCAGCCUUCUAUCAAUAUAAGUGUGCAAUUGAUCCUGAACCUACUAAAUGGAGACGAAUCAUUUCCUUAUGCAACUUUUAAUUGGGUUGAUGUUAGAGAUGUUGCCUAUGCACAUGUUCUUGCCUUUGAAAACCCUUCUGCAAGUGGAAGAUACUGUCUUGUUGAGAGAGCUGCACACACCUCUCAGGUGAUCAAGAUUUUGCAAGGACUUUAUCCUACUCAUCAAUUUCCAGACAAGUUUUCACAUGAUAGCAUCCUCAUUAAUCCAGACUACUCAGUGUCCAAUGAGAAGGCAAAAGCUUUGGGAGUAGAGUUCAUUCCUUUGGAGGAGAGCCUAAAGGAUACUAUUGAAGGCUUCAAGAAGAAGAAUUUACAGAAUGCCAACAAUGGCAACCUCAUCAACCCAAACUACACAGCAUCCACCGACAAGGCAAAAAGGUUUGGAGGUCAGCCUGAAAGAUGCUGUUGA